AUGAUUCUAUAUAUUACAGGAUCUCUUAACGUUGUUUUAGGAGCAGAACAUAAGAAGAAAAUUAUUCGGUAUUUGUAUAAUCAUCAGAAUGAAGACGGUGGAUGGGGACUGCAUCUACUAAGUGAGAGUGGAAUGUUUGCAACAGCAUUGAGCUAUAUCGCAUUGAGAGUACUCGGAGAAGAUCCUGAAGACAUGGUAUUGGCCACAGCCAGAAAAUGGAUUCUUGAUCAUGGUGGUUUAGUUGCUAUUCCAUCUUGGGGAAAGUUUUGGGCCUCAGUAUUUGGAGUAUAUGAGUGGUCAGGCUGCAAUCCACUUCCACCAGAAUUAUGGCUUUUACCUAACUUCAGUCCUAUUCAACCAGGAUCCAUCAUGUGCUACACUCGCUUGAUUUUCAUGCCUAUGUCAUACAUAUUUGGAAAGAAGUUUGUGGGCCCUAUCACUGAAUUAAUCAAAUCCUUAAGAAAAGAACUGUACAAUGAACCUUAUGAUCAGAUCAACUGGAAUAAAGCUCGAAAUACAAUUGCUAAGGAGGAUCUCUACUAUCCGCAUCCUCUUAUGCAAGAUAUAUUAUGGGGUUUUCUUCAUCACGUGGGAGAGCCUCUGCUAAAGUGUUGGCCCUUUUCCAUGCUUAGAAAGAAGGCAUUAGAAAUAACGUUUAGUCAUAUUCAAUAUGAUGAUGAGAUUACUCAUUACCUUUGCUUUGGAGCAGUAGAAAAGGUACUAUCUUUACUUGUGCAUUGGCAUGAAGACCCCACCAAUUCGGAGGCAUACAAACUUCAUUUAGCUCGAAUCCCUGAUUAUUUUUGGGUUGCAGAAGACGGCUUAAAAAUUGUUGCUCUCGGUAGUCAAACGUGGGAUGUAGCUUUUUCUAUACAAGCAAUACUUGCUUGUGAUCUAAGUGCAGAGUAUGGACCUAUGCUUAAGAAGGCACACCAGUUCUUGAAGGCUUCACAGAUUUGUGAAGAUCCCCCUGGUGACUUCAGCGCAAUGCAUAGGCAUAUUUCAAAAGGGGCGUGGCCAUUCUCUAUGCAGGAUCAUGGUUUGCAAGUCUCCGAUUGCACCGCCGAAGGGCUAAAGGCUGCACUUCUGUUGUCAAUGAUGCCAAGUAAUCUAGUUGGAGAAAAGAUGGACUCAAGAAGAUUCUACGAUGCUGUGAAUAUUCUUCUUUCCCUGCAAAGCAAGAAUGGUGGUUUUUGUGUUUGGGAGCCUCGAAGAACAUAUCAUUGGGUAGAGAAAUUCAAUCCAACUGAAAUCUUCGAAAAAUGUCUCAUUGAGUCAGAGUAUGUAGAGUGCACAGGAUCAGGAAUGCAGGCCUUAGCUCUAUUUAGAAAGCUAUAUCCAAAUCACAGAAGAAGGGAAGUUGAUCGUUCCAUUUCCAAAGCAAUCCGUUACAUGGAAAGCGUACAAAAUCCUGAUGGCUCCUGGUACGGUUGUUGGGGGGUUUGUUAUACAAUAGGUGCAUGGAUGGGUGUAGAGGGACUGAUGGCUUGUGGAAAGAACUACCAAAACUGUCGAGCAUUGCGCAAAGCGUGUGAAUUUUUGCUGUCAAAGCAGCUUCCCAAUGGUGGCUGGGGUGAAAGUUACUUGUCAUCCUUAAACAAGGUGUAUACAAAUUUACCAGACAACCGUCCAAAUUUAGUUCAAACUUCAUGGGCUUUAUUGGCCCUUAUUGGGGCAGGCCAGGCUGAGAUAGAUCCAACACCCAUUCAUCGUGGAAUAAAGUUGAUAAUCAAUUCGCAAAUGGAAGAUGGAGACUUCCCACAACCGGAGGAAACAGGACUAUUUUUUAGGACUGGUAUCCUCAACUACGCAGCGUAUCGAAACAUCUUUCCCAUAUGGGCUUUGGGAGAAUAUCGUCGCCGAGUUUUAUCUGCAUGA